AAAAAAGAAAAAAAAGAAAAGUGAAGAGCCUAAAAACAUUCUCUUCUUCUCUAUCUUCAUUAUAAAAAUAUACGAAACCUCUCAAGUUUUCACUACUUUCAGGAGAUUCACUUCGAUUCCGGAUCCGAAUUACGCCGACGGAUCUUACCGUGACGGCGCCGGAAAAUACGGAGAGGAGAUUAUCUAGUCACUUGUGGUGGUUGUGAAGUUAGGGAGUAAUCGGAAUUCUGUAAGAAAUGGGUUGCGUUAGCUCGAAGCAGACGGUCUCUGUGACGCCUGCGAUCGAUCACUCAGGUGUAUUCAAGGAAAAUGAGAAUGAGUGUUCCGGAUCGGGUCGGAUAGUGUUGGAGGAUCCGCCUCGCGCGACGUUGAAGAAACUCGUGUCAUGGAGGAGCAGGAGCGGGAAGAGGAGAAGUCAGAAGAGCGGUAGUGAGUUGGGGAGCGAGUCAGGACGUGCUAGUGACUCGCUGAGUUUUCGACUCGGUAAUGUUAGUAGAUACCUUGAAGCUGAGCAAGUCGCUGCGGGUUGGCCUGCGUGGUUGAGCAACGUUGCUGGUGAAGCUAUCCAUGGUUGGGUUCCUCUUCGAUCCGAUGCUUUCGAAAAGCUCGAAAAGAUUGGACAAGGUACUUAUAGCAGCGUGUUUCGUGCGGUGGAGACUGAAACUGGGAGGAUUGUGGCGUUGAAGAAGGUGAGGUUUGAUAAUUUUGAGCCAGAGAGUGUUAAGUUUAUGGCAAGAGAGAUUUUGAUACUUAGAAGACUCAACCAUCCCAACAUUAUCAAAUUAGAAGGCUUGAUUACUUCAAAACUAUCUUGCAACAUACAACUUGUGUUCGAGUAUAUGGAGCAUGAUCUUACUGGUCUUCUUUCUUCCCCUGACAUCAAAUUUACGACGCCCCAGAUUAAGUGUUACAUGAAGCAGUUGUUGUCUGGGCUUGAUCAUUGUCAUUCACGAGGUGUGAUGCAUCGGGACAUAAAGGGUUCAAAUCUUUUGUUGAGUAAUGAAGGAAUACUAAAGGUGGCUGAUUUUGGGUUAGCAAACUUCAGCAAUUGUUCUGGACACAAGAAGAUACCUCUUACCAGUCGAGUUGUGACUCUGUGGUAUCGUCCACCUGAACUUCUGCUCGGGGCAACGGACUAUGGAGCAUCUGUUGACAUGUGGAGUGUUGGUUGUGUUUUCGCUGAGCUGCUUCUUGGAAAACCUAUUCUCCGGGGAAGAACUGAGGUUGAACAGCUGCACAAAAUCUUCAAACUGUGUGGAUCUCCACCAGAAGACUACUGGAAAAAGUCCAAACUUCCCCAUGCAAUGCUUUUCAAGCCACAACAAAAUUAUGAUAGUUGUCUCCGGGAAACCUUGAAAGAUUUGUCUGAGACUGAAAUCAAUCUGAUAGAAACUCUUCUUUCUAUAGAUCCUCACAAACGCGGUACUGCCUCUAGUGCCCUUGUUUCUCAGUAUUUUACUACAAAGCCUUUUGCUUGUGAUCCCUCAAGCUUGCCAAUAUACCCACCUAGCAAGGAGAUAGAUUCAAAGCAUCGGGACGAAGCAGCAAGGAAAAAAAUUAGUGGGAAUGGGAGGCGUGGUAUAGAUGCGAGGAAGCCAUCAAGGAAGGCCCAUUCAUUCAACAGAUUGGCACCAGUUGAGGAUGCGCGGCAUCAAACUGAAACCUUUCAGAAACGAAUUGGUCAUUUAGUUCAUAAUUCGAUUGAAAGUGAUGCCAGGUUAUGUGGGAAACUGCAAAAUCCAUUGAAUCACAAGAAAGACGAACCUUCCCAUGUGAAGCAUGCAUCACAAGGAGAUGUGCCUUUCUCAGGGCCGUUACAAGUCUCUAAAUCAAACAGUUUUGCUUGGGCGAAACGAGAAAAAGAUGACGUAUGUGUUAGGGUACAUAAUCGAUCUCUCUCAAGAGGUCACAUUCCUAACUUGUCAGGACAUUCCCCCACAUUCAAGAUAAAUAAGAAUGAAAACGAGGACAAGACAGAUUCUCUAGGCCAGGAGUCUUAUGAGAUGGUGAAGCGUUCUAUGCUGAAGCAGUGGAGACAACUUGAACGUCCAGAUUCUUUUGGUACAUCUGACGAGUAUCACUCGCAGGAACUGUCAUUGGGACUCUAUCAGAGAGAUGAAAUGGCAAAAAAGCUGGGUAAUAAUUUGGGUGAUGGGGACAAGAUCGAAUUCUCGGGCCCUUUGUUGUCUCAAUCUUAUGGAGUUGAUGAACUAUUGGAACGCCAUGAACGCAACAUCCGCAAGCUAAUUCGAAAACCGUGGUUCCAGAAAGAUAAGAAACAGGGGAAGUGACUGUAAUCACAAACCUCACAAGGAGAUGGAGAAAAGAGCUCCAAAAAGUCUUGUGAAAUUAUGUUUGUAUCGUCAAGACCUGUGAUUAUCAAACAAGGUGGAGAAAUGGCCAUAAAGCAUUCUUUUGUUGUUAAUUAUGUAUUGAUUUAUUCUUAAGUAUAUGAAGGUACACUUUUUGAGAGCCUAUUCACAUUCAGAGGCAAUAAUGUAUAGAGCUCAGUUCCUAGAAUAUUUUAUCUAUAGGCAUAUAUUUAGACAGCUUUAUGCUUUCUUUCGAGUCCAGUUGUAUAACAGGUUUAUGUUAUAAGGUAUACAAUUGUAUAAUACAAAGUUAGGACCAUCUUCUUUUUCA